UAUGGGAGGUCAAACCCGCGCGAAUACACCAAAGCCGGAAAUACUGGUACAUCACUUACACUGGUCGAGGGACCGAUUUUUUCGUUAAUUUAUGAUUCCUUGUAAAAAUGUCCUGUAUAGCAUGUGAAAAGUACGAGAAAAGAAUUACAAAUAUUUUUCGUGAUGAAGAACUUCGUGAAAAGUAUGAAAUUUUUACAGGGUGCAAGAUUGUUGUCGAUUCCUUCAUCUGCGAUGGCUGUAUCGAACGACUUGAAAUGUCUAUUGCAUUUCGAAGAAAUUGCAGAGAUAUUUAUCGUAAACUCUAUCCAUUAUGGAUACCAAAUGAUGAAACAUUACAAGAGGAAAAAUCUGAGAAAAAUAACAAAAACGUUAUCGAACUUCUCGUGAUAGAAGAUGAAACGAAUCAUUGUAAAGAAUUUUUCACUGAACAAGUAGAAAACAGUGGAGAAGAGCUUAAAUACAUUUCAAACAUAGAUGAUAACUACAGCAGCACUGAAAAUCAGGAGGGAGUUGAUUACGAAGACGUUUAUGUUGAAUACAUAAAUGAAAGAGAAGAACCAGAAGAAGUAAAAUUAAGGCCGAAAAGAAAGAAAGCAGCAGAACCACCACCAAGUGACGGUGAUUCAAAAAACAGAAAAUCUUAUACCGUUGAAGAUAAACUCAACAUUAUAGAGUUUGCCGAAUCAAUGAACAAUCGUGUUGCAGCAAGACAUUUCAAUUUAAAUGAAUCAUCUGUCCGUAGUUUUAGACGUCAAAAAGAAAUGCUUUUAAAAAUGGAUCCUACAAGAAAGACUAAUCGAAGAGCUUUACCUCACUGGCCGAAACUCGAGAAAGAACUUAAAAAAUUCGUUGAGGAUUAUCCAAAUAAAUUUGGUACGAAAGCCAAACUCAAGGAUAUAAAGCAAGAAGCGAUUAAACGUGCAUCGGAAUUGGGUAUUCAAAAUUUCAAUGGAUCAAAUUCAUAUAUUUUCAGAUUCCUCAAACGCAAUGAGCUUCCCUCAGCUUGUCCAAAACCACGAAAAACGAAAAUCUAAUUUUAAUGAAUGAAAGA